AUGUUUCGCCUGUCAAUUAAUCAGUUAAUCUGGGCUUUCUUCUCAUCUUUCCAAGUCUCAGUGCUCUUUGGCCAGAAACGAAAUGGUCUCAUCUUUGCGGCUAGGUUUUCGAUUCCUUCUCGCUUUUCCCCUUUCGAUGAAGCCGCGUGGAGGUAUCCGACACUCUUCUACCAAUCUCAUAUGAAGACGUUUUUCUCUUCUGCUACUUCAAGAGGAGGUAGGCUAGAUUUUGCACAGGAUAUCUUUGAAUUCUUUUUGAAUGAAGGCUAUCAUCUAAAUGUCUACUCUUACAGCAUCAUGAUGAAUGGACUUUGGAAAGAAGGCUUGUUUGAUGAAUCAUUGACCUUGCUUUCAAAGAUGAAAGAGAGUGGUUGCCUUCCAAAUUUCGUGACGUUUGGAAUGCUUAUACAAGCUCUUUUGAGGAAAAAUGAGAAUGAUAGGGCAACAAUUCUUCUUUAUGAAAUGAUAGAUAGAGGUCUUCUUCAAUGGUAAAACAAGUUCAAAGGCUCUAUUUUGAUCGAUAAUAUGCUUGUACUAGUGUUGAUAUUUGCCUAAAGUUUUGAGAAAAGUUAUUGGAUUAUUCGUCCUUGUGAUUUCUGUUGAAGAAGUUCUGUUUUAGUCAUGUAUUUGUUGUAGUUAUUUUAACAUCUUGUUGUAAUUCGAUUGGUUAUGGAUUAAUAUAGGCCUGUUCCUUCUUUCCUUA